GUCGGGGGUCGAGGUCCGGAGGGCGCCCCGGCGCUGCGGGCGGCAGCCAUGAGGCGGGACGUGCGCAUCCUGUUGCUGGGCGAGGCCCAGGUGGGGAAGACGUCGCUGAUCUUGUCGCUGGUGGGCGAGGAGUUCCCCGAAGAGGUCCCGGCCCGCGCCGAGGAGAUCACCAUCCCCGCUGACGUCACCCCGGAGAAGGUGCCCACGCACAUCGUGGAUUACUCAGAAACGGAGCAGACGGAGGAGGAGCUCCAGGAUGAGAUCCACAGGGCAGAUGUGGUGUGUGUGGUGUACGAUGUGUCUGAGGAAACCACCAUUGAGAAGAUCCGAACCAAGUGGAUCCCACUGGUGAAUGGAAGGACUGAGAGGGGGUCCAGGUUGCCUAUUAUUCUGGUGGGCAACAAGUCGGACCUGCGACUGGGGAGUGCCUUGGAGGCCGUGCUGCCCAUCAUGAGCCAGUUCCCUGAGAUAGAGACUUGCGUGGAGUGUUCAGCCAAGCAACUGAGGAACAUUUCAGAGCUGUUUUACUACGCCCAGAAGGCUGUUCUGCAUCCCACAGCCCCUCUCUAUGACCCAGAAGCCAAGCAGCUGCGGCCCGCAUGCAUCCAGGCCCUCACGCGCAUCUUCAGACUCUCGGACCAGGACCUGGACCACACGCUCAGCGACGAGGAGCUCAGUGCCUUCCAGAAGUCUUGCUUUGGCCACCCUCUGGCCCCACAGGCCCUGGAGGACGUGAAGAGGGUAGUGUGUAAGAACGUGGAAGGCGGUGUGCGUGACAACGGGCUGACCCUGGAGGGCUUCCUCUUCUUGAACACGCUCUUCAUCCAGCGUGGCCGGCACGAGACCACAUGGACCAUCCUGCGGCGGUUCGGUUACAGCGACGCGCUGGAGCUGACGGCUGAUUACCUCUUCCCACCGCUCCACGUGCCCCCUGGCUGCAGCACGGAGCUCAGCCACCGUGGCUACCAGUUUGUGCAGCGGGUGUUUGAGAAACAUGACCGGGACCGGGACGGAGCCCUUUCUCUUGUGGAACUGCAGAGCCUCUACAGUGUGUUCCCCGUGGCCCCCUGGGUCCCUGAGCUCCCACGCACGGUCCGCACGGAGGCUGGCCAGCUGCCCUUGCACGGGUACCUCUGCCAGUGGACCCUGGUGACCUACCUGGACGUCCGGAGCUGCCUGGCACACCUCGGCUACCUGGGCUACCCCACGCUCUGUGAGCAGGACUCCCAGGCCCAGGCCAUCACAGUCACCCGGAGGAAGAGGCUAGACCAGGAGAAGGGGCAGACGCAGCGCAGUGUCCUCAUGUGCAAGGUGCUGGGCGCCCGGGGCGUGGGCAAGUCCGCCUUCCUGCGAGCCUUUCUUGGCCACCACCUGGGGGAAGCCCAGGAGUUACCUGCAGAUUCUCCAGUUCAUGUCAUCGACACAGUGCAGGUCAACGGACAGGAGAAGUACCUGAUUCUGUGUGAAAUGAGUGCAGAUAGCUUGCUGGCCGCCUCUCCAGACACCACCUGUGAUGUUGCCUGCUUGAUGUUUGACGGCAGUGACCCCAGGUCCUUUGCACACUGCAUCAGCGUCUACAAGCGCCACUACAUGGACGGCCAGACCCCCUGCCUCUUCGUCUCCUCUAAGGCCGACCUGCCCGAAGGCGUUCCCCCCGCAGGCCUGUCGCCGGCCGAAUUCUGCCGUCGGCAUCGGCUGCCUCCUCCUACCCCCUUCUCCUGCGUGGGUCCAGCCCAGCCCCAUACUGACGUCUUCGCCAGGCUUGCCACCAUGGCUACCUUCCCGCACCUGGUCCACACAGAGCUGCACCCCACCCCCGUCUGGCUCAAGGGAGUGCUGGUGGCUGUUGGAGCUGCCAUGGCUGCCGUCCUCAGCGUCUCGCUGUACCGGGUCCUGGUGAAGAGUCGGUGAUCCCCGCUACGCUCCCCCUGGGCCCGGCCUGGCCCCUGCAGAGGCCCGCGUGGGGGGGUGGGCAGUGUGGCCACAGGACUCGGGGGCACUGGUGUGGGUGCCCGUCCAGGGCACCUUUUUUUCUGUCUCACUUGCACUUCUGAAGGACAGCUGCCCAAGGCAAGAGCGGUUUUCCACGUCCCACCCCGGCUCCUGUGGGGCUGGGCGUGAGCUCUGGGUGGCAGCCGUGGCUGCUGGCGCGGCUUCACCUUUGGGAUGUUGUGUGUUGAGGUCUGGGGUCACGGGUGAGGGGAGACUGUGACCCCAGACCUGUCCUUCUCAGGGCUCCACCUCUCCUAGUUGGGUAUGGCCAGUGCGUGUGUGGGGACGGAGGGCUGUGUUGAGCAGGGAGUGGCUGGGGAGCUGGGCAGCGCCCGCCUGUCCAUCCACCUCGGACCCUGGCCUGCUGCGCCCGCCGCAGACACUCAAGAUUGGGUUUCCCAAUUAAACGUCACUUGCCUUUACCUUCAGA